AUGACGCUAGGCGUGCAGGUGACGGCCUGGCAUCAUCACUACGCGACUGCCAUGAGGCCGGAUGGCAAGCUCAAAAGGCAGGCGGCGCAGCGAAACGCGGACAGCACCGCAGGACCUCGGGGCGCUGCGUGGUCUGAAGGGGCAGGCAGGGCGCCUCCAUCAGUCAACGCCGCCAAGUAUGGAGCCAGCUACCGGGUGUCGCGAAUGAACUACGACGGUUCUGCGGAGGCGAUGCUGCAGCAGCAACAACAGCAGCAGAUGCAGAUGCAGAUGCAGCAGCAGCGCGCCAACUCCAACGCAGGGCUGCUCACCAAUCGCUCGGAAACUCCGACGGGCAGUGCUAUUCCAAGCGCUAUCCCGACGCAACGCCCCCAAGGAGCGAUCAUGAGCAAGACGGGCGAGUUCUUGCGGUAUGACCCUGCGGCAUACAGGAAUGCGGCCAUGAACUCCAUGGGCGCGCGCAUGCCCAUGAGUUUUACGCCGAUGCAGGUUCAGAACAUGCAGACGUCCGCCGACGACCCUGGACAGCCAGGUACGAUGGCCAUUACUGACGGAGGGAGCAACUACUGA